UCCGUCUAUGAUUAUAAUCUGUCUGAGUAAGUCGAGGGCGUACGGCACAAUCCGCUCGAGCCUCGGAUUUGAGUACCCUUUCGAGUAAAUACACAACUUGGACAUGAUUCACUUCCUCAAUCACAAAUGCACAAAUGCGUUCUAAUUCGAGGACCGCAUAACGGUCUGCGGCUCUGGCCCAGUGCCAAUCGGGCAGAUAACUCUAAUAAUCAAUUGCGCACUGGAUGCCGGUGCUAUAGCAUGCCUAACUAUAGUCAGGCAUCGAGAACUGCAGAGACAUUCUCGUGUUUGACACCUAUGCUAUACGAGCUGUGGGACCAUAAACAUAUCAGAUACCAGGGCUAUUACGCUCGGACUGAGUCGAGUGUGGAUGGCGGAGGUGAUUGGAAGUACUCCAUUUCUAACUACUAUCAUAUACGAACGCCAAUGACCCAGAAAUUGAGGGACAGCAUGUUGCGCCGGGGAAUACUGCUAUUCUUCGUAAGUAGUCUUCGUCUCAAGGGCGGAAGCGCCGGACACCACCAGCCUUACUCGGACAGCGUGGGUGAUCAAACCCCCAGAAUGGAGGUAGUAGCUCGAACGUUGGUACUGUACAGUACUUUGAACGUGGCACGAUGACUAUAGGCCGAUCUUCUUUCAAGCGAGACUUGCCUAGAUGGAAGUAGUGUAACAAGAGGAUGUUUAUAGUGGCACGGCGAACACUUCAAGGCCGCCAGUAGUCCUUUCAUCCGUGCACUCUCA